AUGGGGCUGCGCCUUGCAAGAGAUAAUCUAUCUACUGUACUCCUUUUGCACCUGUGUGGUGAGGUAUUGAUUGGCGCGCCCUCACCGGUCUCUGCCACAUCUGCAGCAGAAAACAAUGACGGUAUGGCCAUCCCUGGGUUCCCUUCAUCCUGGAGAGACUUGCUGUUGCCGUCCGCCAUACCACCCGCACCCUCUGCAAGCGCAAGUGAAACGUCGCCGUUCUCCAAGUUCUCUUCCUCUCCACCUUUCUCACUUGCGAGAUCAACAACGAUUCCUCCUCUGUCUCCACCAGCAACGUCAGCUUCCCCUCCAACCGAUUCUACAACAGAGGACACGUCCGCAACUGAUGAGGAACCUAAACUUCCCUUCUUCCUUCAGCCGUUUUCGCCGACACCUCGAUCUGAAACUCCUACCGUCGACACGCCGGCUCGGCUGUCGCCUUCCGCCUCGGGAAGCCGGCAACCAGCGCCGCCGGCAGAAGAACCCGCGUCCCUCGCAACUCGCGGUCUCCCGUCUAGCAACGCCGGGGCGUCGUCACCAGCGCCUAGAGACGCUCAGGACGAUACUAAAGAUGCAGAGGCUACAACAGCGUCUGGAUUUUGGCGCCUUCCAUACCCUGAUACAGCAGAUAGCGGAGACAGUUCUCUUUCUCCGUCAUCUCCGCCUUCCUCUUCCGCUGCUCCUUGGCCCUGGCCCUUCUCCCGGCCUCCACUUUCAGCCAGCACAGGACAGAUGGCUGUGCGCAAGCCUCAGACGCUGAUGGAUCAGUAUGGGUGGAUUCUUGGCAUUCUCGCCUGCUUAGUAGGCUCAUUCUGUGGGUCCCUCGGCGACAAUAUGAUUCGCAAGUCUUUUCUGGUGCUCAAAGAUGAUGUCCAGCUCUACCACAUGUGGCGUAGCCCCCUCUGGACCGUAGGCAUGUUCCUUACGGUCGUCGUCAACACUUUGUGCACCUUGAUUGCCCUGGUUUUCACCCCCGCAACCAUUGUCACCUCGUUUGCGGGGGUGCAUAUUUUUUGGAAUACAAUUCUUGCCAAGACGCUAAACCAUGAGCAGACGGUCUGGUAUGACUACGCCGGUGUCACAGCAAUCACUGUAGGCAUCACCUUAAUAGUUGCAUGCUCAGGGAAAGACCGGACCAUCGAUUCGAUCGAGAGCUUUGUGGGGAACCUUGGCUGUGCAAGUUCGGCGUGCUUCUGUCUGGUUCUUUUUGUCUUAAUUUGUUUUGGCUCCACGAUUACCCUUGCUCCAACUUUGCUCGGGCUUCCACCAGCGUCCUGUACCGCCGACAGCUGCUCGCGCAGCGCAGGCGAGGACGAGGGACGCUCCCUCUCCCCUCCUGGACAACACGCAUCUCAUGGAAACAGUCUCAGUGUCUCUCUCGAAGGAGCGGAGGAAUUUUGCGUAGACAUUCGGCGCGCCCGUGUCAUCGAGCGUUUCGCAGUGGCCGCGACCUCUGGCGCCUGCGGCGGUCUUUCCAAUCUGUUUGCCAAGGCUGUUCUGCUGCUCGGCAACGCUACCGCGUCUCCGGGUGGAGUCGACGAAGCGAAAGAGGCCUUAGGAGGAACCCUCAGAUACGACUGGACAGCGGGAAGUCUUGUCGUGAUUGUGGCUGUGGUCUCCGUCAUGCAAAUCGUCUUCCUCAGCACAUCCCUUCGAAGAUUCGAAGCAAUCUACGUAGUGCCCACAAUAAACUCGGUGCUGAUUGCGUCCGGCGCUAUCGGAGGCGUAAUUUUGUUCGAGGAGGUCCCCCGAGACGCCCCGUUGUUCGCGCUAGGCCUUGUGCUUGUCGUGUCUGGGGUGACGGCGCUGUCGUAUGGCAAGUACGAAGCAGAAAAGCAGAAAGUCGCUGAGGAUCUUCGGCUCCAGGCCGCGCAAGGAAACAGUAACGCGGAGCCAUUGCUGCCAACGCACGAGAGAAGUCGAUUUUCGUCCCUCCUGGGGUUCGGCGCUUCCUUUUUCGAGGGAGGUCGGGCAUGCGACGGAUGCUGCGACACGCUCUUCCGGCCUCUGACCAGUGCCUCCGUCAACAUUCUCGUAAGGAACAACACAAUGAAUGCUCACUAUCCUUCAACUCUUCUUGGGCCCGCAACGUGCGAGGGCAACGCUAGUCUCAAAGUCCUCAGACAUGCAAGCAUGGAAGUACGAGCGGCGAUGUCUGAAGCAAACGAAAGUGGCGGAGUAUACUCGAGAGAGGAAUCCCCAGCGCGACAGAGGUAA